UCUGCGGGCGUGGGUGCGGGUGUGGACGCGCGUGGGGUGCGUGAUCCCCCUUUCCCUCCCCUCCUCUCCCUCCUCCGGUGCCUCGCCGACCUCCUGCCUGCCUUGCUGGGCGCCUUGAGCCAGCUUUGCUCUCUCUCUCUCUCUCUUCUCCUCCUUCCUCUCUUUCUCCUUCUCUCUCUCUUUCUUCCUUUCUUAGCCCGCGCCCCCCCGUCCGCCAGGCUGGGUCCCAUGGUGUUCCGAUCCCCUCUAGAGCUCUAUCCCACCCAUUUCUUCCUGCCAAACUUCCCCAGCGACCCGCACCACCAUCACCGCUCGCUCCUGCUGGCCAGCGGGGGUGGCACCACCGCCGCCUCCGCCGCCACCGCCGCCGGGACUGGAGCUGGAGGAGGAGGAGGUGGCGGCGGCAGCAACAGCAGUGCCCCCACCGGCUGUAGCCCCGGAUCGGCUGCUGGAGGCGGCGGCUCCUCGCGCAUCGGAGGCCCCGAAGACCUGUCCAUGUUCCAGCUGCCCACGCUCAACUUCUCCCCGGAGCAAGUGGCCAGUGUCUGCGAGACGCUGGAGGAGACGGGCGACAUCGAGCGCCUGGGCCGCUUCCUGUGGUCGCUGCCGGUGGCCCCGGGAGCCUGCGAGGCCAUCAACAAGCACGAGUCCAUCCUGCGGGCGCGGGCGGUGGUGGCCUUCCACACGGGCAACUUCCGCGACCUCUAUCACAUCCUAGAGAACCACAAGUUCACCAAGGAGUCCCACGGCAAGCUCCAGGCCAUGUGGCUGGAGGCCCACUACCAGGAGGCCGAGAAGCUCCGCGGGAGGCCCCUGGGCCCCGUCGACAAGUACCGCGUCCGCAAGAAGUUCCCUUUGCCCCGCACCAUCUGGGACGGCGAGCAGAAGACCCACUGCUUCAAGGAGCGGACGCGGAGCCUUCUCCGGGAGUGGUACCUCCAGGACCCCUACCCCAACCCCAGCAAGAAAAGGGAACUGGCCCAGGCCACCGGCCUCACCCCCACCCAGGUCGGCAACUGGUUCAAGAACCGGCGCCAGAGGGAUCGGGCCGCCGCCGCCAAGAACAGGCUCCAGCACCAGGCGAUCGGGCAGAGCGGGAUGCGGUCCUUGUCGGAACCGGGCUGCCCGACCCACAGUUCGGCCGAGUCUCCGUCCACAGCCGCCAGUCCGACCACCAGCGUCUCCAGUUUGACAGAAAGAGCCGAGACGGGCACUUCCAUCCUCUCGGUAACCUCCAGCGACUCAGAAUGUGAUGUAUGAUAACGGAAAAGGAACCCAAAUAAUCAUGAUUUAAAAAAAUUUAACAACAACAACAACAACAGCAACAGCAACAGCAAAAGUCACGUAAAAAUUUUAAAAACAAAAUAAUCAAAACGCAUUGCAAACUUUAAGGAGAAAGAGAGCCAGCGAGAAAGAAAAGGAUUAAGGGGGUAAAAUAAAUAAAUAAGAAAAAAAAAUUAAAAAGGCAAAAUACGCCUCCCCCAGUUCUCGACCCCAAGCUUCAAACUGUCUCCCCCCUCAAAUAAUAAUAAUUCAGUGCCCCAUUCAGAGCACCGAAGCCGGAGAGGGAGGGGGAGGAUUCAAAAGAAUAGGCAAACAGACAUUUUAAAAGGGUUAAGAACAAAAUGAAAAACCCAAACCUUUACCUAGCAAACAAAAGAAAGAAGCAAUUCAUUGGGGGAAAGGAAACAGUGGGAGGGGGGGGGGGGAUACCCAGAACACAAAGGAAAGAAAUCUCAAACAACUUGGACUCGGUUGGCGAUGCUGCAGCAGGGGAAAAUAUUGCUAUUAUUAUUGUUAUUAUUCUUAUUAAUGAUAAUGAUGACCGUGCUUUGCUACGAUGCAUAUUAUUAUUAUUAUUGAGAAAGGAGGGAGAGAAAGAAGGAAAGAAAGAAGGAAGGAAGGAA